AUGAGGCCUGCACUGCUGUUGGUGUUGGGACUGUCUCCUGCCUGCAUAUUCCCAGUCACUGCGCACAUCCCUGUGCAGUCAGACUUCGAGCCCAGAAAGGUAAGUGAUUUUCAGGUGGGACUUUCAAUCCAGAUCGGCUUGAUGAAAAAGCCCCCAAGAGCUUGGCCCUCAAACGCCUCAUUUAGUGGACAUAGGAUGCCCCUGUUUUCAUCAGAGAAAUGUUGGCGGCAAUGGAAUAGGAUGCCCCUAUCUCCAUUGGCGGGACAGGGGUGGCGCUGUGGGUUAAACCACAGAGCCUAGGACUUGCCGAUCAGAAGGUCGGCGGUUCGAAUCCCCGCGACGGGGUGAGCUCCCGUUGCUCGGUCCCUGCUCCUGCCAACCUAGCAGUUAGAAAGCACGUCCAAGUGCAAGUAGAUAAAUAGGUACCGCUCCAGCGGGAAGGUAAACGGCGUUUCCGUGUGCUGCUCUGGUUCGCCAGAAGCGGCUUCGUCAUGCUGGACACAUGACCCGGAAGCUGUAUGCUGGCUCCCUCGGCCAAUAAAGCGAGAUGCGCGCUGCAACCCCAGAGUCGGUCACGACUGGACCUAAUGGUCAGGGGUCCCCUUUACCUUUACCCUGGUGAGGAGUCCCUUUACCUUUAUCUCCAUUGGAGAAAUGUUGGAGAGGAUGAUAUCAGCAGCAGAGAAAGCAGAACCCAAGAAUGGUGCAUUCUCCUGGGGAUAUUGGCGACCCUUUGGCUUACUCCCCUGGUCUUGCCUUUCUUGAGACUCUGGGCAGCCUUCUUCCUCUGAGCAGCUUUGCUCUAGAGUAGAAGCCCUUUUGCUUCUCCUCUCUUGCAGAUACAAGAACACUGCUGCUUUCACCCCUGGUAGGACAAUACUCAGGAGGAGUUUGGCUGCUCAAUGCAGUUAUUCUGUUUCAGGUUGCAGGAUUAUGGCAUCCCGUUGCAAUGGUUUCCUCUACACCCGAGGUGCCAGAACACGACAAUCUGACGGCGCAGAUGGACCACCGUGUGACGGUUUCUGAUAGCGGCGACUUGAAACUCACUGCUAAUGUUAUGCUGUUAGUACCCUCAAAUGCUGGCCUAGGACUCUUUUCCUGAAAUCAUUGGGUGGUGUUUUGGCCAUUGCUCGGUCUUGCCAGGUUGCUUAGGCAAUGCUGAGCUUGAUGGAAGAAGGGUCCAAUUUGGUAUGAAGCUGGUCCCUAGGGAAGGUCACAGGAUCCAGUUCUUUAUCUUCCUUUAUCUUAAGAGGUUAUAGAGGGACGCAGGUGGUGCUGUGGUCUAAACCACUGAGCCUAGGGCUUGCCGAUCGGAAGGUCGGCAGUUCGAAUCCCCGCGACAGAGUGAGUUCCCGUUGAUCUGUCCCAGCUCCUGCCAACCUAGCAGUUCAAAAGCAUGCCAGUGCAAGUAGAUAAAUAGGUACCAUGGCAUCGGGAAGGUAAACAGCAUUUCCGUGAGUUCAGACACUCGUUACAGUGUCCCGUUGCACCAGAAGCGGUUUAGUCAUGCUGGCCACAUGACCUGGAAAGCUGUCUGUGGGCAAAUGCCAGUUCCUUAAUUUAUAUAUUUUUUAACUGUUGCUAUAUCUGUAUUGUCCCUGUUAUACCUAAUUGCAAAUUCAAAUGUAUCCCUAUCGUGUUUUAUGACUUCCUUGCUAUUGUAUGUGGGCUGCAACUGGUCUGUGACCGAAAUAAUAAAAUUCAUUCAUACUGGGCAGGACUUUCAACCCAGGGGAAUUUUUAGCAGGCACCACAAAGAGCACAAUUAGUUCUAAAGUGUUGACGCUGCCACACCGAAUGACUCAGUUCGUACAACAGCACAAUGGGUCAUAUGUGACACUUGUGUCAGUGCCAAUUCUGCUGAUCGACAUGUUUGAGAGAGCACAUGUAGAGUAAGGCAAUCUCAUAGGUAAACUAGUCCCAAAUUGAUACGGGUUUUAUGUGCUAAUAGUAACAGAAUCAUAGAAUUAUAAGAUGGUACAGUUGGGAGGCACCAAGACUCCCCAAAAUUCCCGGGUCCAACAGGAGGUAGAACUGAAUCCAUGCUUGGAGGGUUAACCUGGGUGCUAGGCACAGAAGCAAAAGUUAAAAUAUAAUCCGAGUUCAGGAAAUCGCCUGGGAGAUGAGCCAUUGGGAAGAGCGAAAGGAAGGCGACGAGCCAUUCAGAAACCCAAAUGGAUGGCAAAUGAAAGGGCAGCCUCCCUUGAGCAUAGCUGUCAACUUUUCCCUUUUCUCGCGAGGAAUCCUAUUCAGAAUAAGGGAAUUUCCCUUUAAAAAAGGGAAACGUUGACAGCUAUGCCCUUGAGUCUGAAGAACAGGCAGAGUUGGAGAGUUGAGUCUUGGAUUGGAGUUGGCUGCAAGGUGACUGACUUGGUCAAGGUGUCCAUGGCUCAUAUCUGUCAGAAGCCACAGCUGCACCUGUGGGAGAAUAAAGACCCUUCUAGGGUGUUGAGGCCAGGAACCUCUCCAUUGUAGGCUCAGCUUGCAUCCUAAAGACACUCCCGUCUCCACUGUGCCUCCUUUCUCAAAGGAAUCACAAAUGCGAGGGAAACACUGGGAUUCCUGGGGUAUCGCGAUGCACGGAGAUCGGGGUGGCAUGUGACAAGAUGAAUCCCCAAUCCGUGGGUUUCUGCGAUGCUUAUUUCCCAAACCCUAGAAAACACAAGCAGGAGAGGGAGGGCCAAAGAAAGCCGCGUCUCUUGCGUGGAAGUCUUUCAACUGAGCUUUCUUUUCCAGGAAUGGCACCUGUACCCAAACAACCAAGAACUUUAUGCACACCAACCGACCCGGUAUAUUCCAAGUUCCCAGUAGGUAUAAGAGCCACGAGUCUUGCUCAUAUCUUGUUAUGGAGGUGCGGCUUGGGUCUGAGAUUGGGGGGUGUCAGUGUCGUGUCAUGCAUGCCCGUGAUGGAGCCCACUGCCAUGUAGCUUUGAUGUGUCAACCCCCCCCUUUGUUUUAAGCAGACCUCAGAAGCAGGAAGCCCCUUUCACGCCAGCUUGGGCAAUUGCAGGGGUAGGAGGAAAGCUUUCUGCCACAUGGCUGCUUCUUAGGGGCAAGCUGGAAACUGCCCAUGUCUCCCACUUGGCCUUGAGCAAGCAAGUUUGUGCCCAGGAGCCAGUGUGAGAGCCAGUCUGGUGUAGCGGUUAAGAGCGGUAGUCUUGCAAUCUGGGGAACCGGGUUCGCUUCGUCGCUCCUCCACAUGCAGCUGCUGGGUGACCUUGGGCUAGUCACACUUCCUUGAAGUCUCUCAGCCCCACUCACCUCACAGAGUGUUUGUUGUGGGGGAGGAAGGGAAAGGAGAUUGUUAGCCGCUUUGAGACUCCUUCGGGUAGUGAUAAAGCAGGAUAUCAAAUCCAAACUACUCUUCUUCUUCUCUUCAGGAAGCCCUGCCAACAGUGGAGCCUCACCCCUUCCCUCUCUCCCUCAUUUUGGUGGCACUGCCCCCUGGAGGCAGCUCCCUUCAGUUUCCCUUUGAGCCACGGGCUGAGGAUGCAAAUGGUGUCCUCGCUACGUGCCCUGAAGCCGAGCCCGGGAGCACACUCGCAUUGCCAGUCUGCUGCCAGCUGCAGAGUGAAUAAUAAUAAUAAUAAUAAUAAUAUAUUAUUUACACCCCGCCCUCUCCGGGCGCCUCCCAACAGAAUAUUAAAAACAUGACAAAACAUCAAACAUUAAAGACUUCCCUAAACAGGGCUGCCUUCAGAUGUCUUCUAAAAGUCAGAUUGUUGUUUAUUUUGGUCCAGUAUAUCUGAAGGAGCGUCUCCACACUCAUCGUUCUACCUGGACACUGAGGUCCAGCUCCGCUGCCCCCAGGUUAUCUCAUCCAACCCCCCUAAAAGGCAGGAAUCUCAAUUCAAGCAUCCCUGAUGGAUGGCUAUCCAACCUUUGCUUCCAAAACCACCAAGAACCGAGAGUUCACCCCUCCCGAGGGAGUCGAAGUGCUCUUACUUUCACAAAGUUCUUCCUGAUGUUGAAUCGCAGUCUCCUUUCUUGUAACUUGGAGCCAUGGGUUCGAGUCCUACCCAUGGGAGGAACCAAAGUGAGCCGUUCUGGGGGAGAGGGUCGGGAGAGGGACCGCACCUUCGUGGAUUUCCAAGGGUUCAAUGUUAGAAUUUACCGUUACUUUUAACGGUGGUCGGUCUUGGCAAAGGCGGGGGACACUUCUUCGGGCCCAGAGUUUCAUCUUUGUAAAUCCCCCCCCCCCAAAAGCUAUAUCAAAUGAGGUGGCAGGAGAUCUUGUGAAUAUUUAAAGUGGCUAAGAGUGUUGCUUCUGCUGCUCCCUAGACCUUCGAGCACAGAUAUGGGGCAAAGUUGUCUUAUAGCUAACGUCUUAUGGUGUUUCUUGUGCAGACAAAUCCACAGUUCAUGUCAUGGCUGCUGAUUAUGAUAGAUAUAUAAUUUUCCAUGUGACGUUGGACACUUACGCGGCGAUAUAUCUGUCUGGUACGUGUUCUAAUGUCGGAUGGGGCAGAUCUGCUUUCUUCGGGCUCAUCCCCACUUAGCUUUGCUCUGCAAAGCUCCUUGUCCAAGAAUUUUUAAUUUUAUUUCUGCCCCAGCGCUGGGGAAAAGUCAGCGCCUUUGUAGGCUUUCGACUCCUUUAGACCCUCCAUCAAAGCACUACCUUGGCUCCAUGAUGGAAUCUGUUCCUGACUGUCUGAUGGGUCAUCCGGGGAAGAUGGCAGGAAGAAGAUACUUUAGAUGUUUUAUGAAUGUCGAACAGAGAUUUGGGCCUUUCCAGGUUAAAAGACUUACCCAACCUUUGCUUGUGUUUAAAGGUAGGAGACUGGACGUUGGAGGCGCCAUUGAAGAUAAAUUCAAGGAUUUCGCCUUGGCUCAAGGAUUUCCCGAGGGGAACAUCAGAUUCUUUGAAAGAGCCGGUAAGGCAAGCGGGUCUCAGCGGCAGAGCAGCAGACUCUCAAUCCCAGGGUUGUGGGUUCGAUAACCACGUUGGGCAAAAUAUUCCUGCAUGGUAGGGGGUUCGACUACAUGACCUUUGGGGUCCCUUCCAACCCUACAAUUCAGUUAUUAAAUAUGUGUGCGCAUGCAUGCACACACACACACUUACUUUAUCUCCUGUUCUUUCACGGGCAGAAUACAGUCAUACCUUGGGUUACAGACGCUUCAGGUUGUGCAUUUUUGGGAUACGGAUGUGCCGAAACCCGGAAGUACCAGAAGGGGUUACUUCUGGGUUUUGGUGUGUGCGCUUGCACAGAAGUGCUAAAUCACACUUUGCCCAUGCGCAGAACUGCCGAAUCGCAACCCGCGUGUGCGCAGAUGUGGCGCUGCGGGUUGUGGGCGCUGCGGGUUGCGAACGUGCAUCCCACACGGAUCACGUUCGCAACCCGAGCGUCCACUGUAGGUUUGUAAGUUCUUAUUUAGUUAGUUAGUUAGCUAUUACAUUUGUAUACCACUCUGAGGGCCAGCUCCGAGGGCCUUCUGGUGCUUCCCUCACUGCGAGAAGCCAAGUUACAGGGAACCAGGCAAAGGGCCUUCUUGGUAGUGGUGCCCGCCCUGCGGAACGCCCUCCCAUCAGAUGUCAAAGAGAACAACAACUACCAGACUUUUAGAAGACAUCUGAAGGCAGCCCUGUUUAAGGAAGCUUUUAAUGUUUGACAGAUUACUGUAUUUUAGUGUUUUGUUGGAAGCUGCCCAGAGUGGCUGGGGAAGCCCAGCCAGAUGGGCGGGGUAUAAAUAAUAAAUUAUUAUUAUAUUAUUAUCUUCAUCUGAAGACCUCAGGGUGUUUCACAACAUAAAAGUACAAGACAAAAAUAUAAGAUAAAAACACAAAGAAUAAAAACAAGAACGAAAUGAAAAAAUAAGGGCCCCCCCAAAAAAAACCCCACAAGAUCUACUGUUUCUAAAUUUAUCAGUUUAUUAACUAUGUUGAUUGGCUCAGUUUUGAACUAGGAUGGCGAGAUACUAAUAUUCCUAAUAAAUAAAUAUCAAUCGUCCCGUUUCUUUCCUCUUUACCAAUUUUCCUGACCCUCUUCUCUCCUUUCCUCCACAGAACAAUGCACUCCACAAGUGGAUUAAUUCCUAAUACCCAGAAAUGGCAUUUCUUUACUCUCUCUGUGUGUGUAAAUAUAUAAUCAUUGGUGAAUAAUCGGAAACACUUGUUAAUAGUUACUCUGUCCGGAUGACGGCGGCAAUGAUGAUGGAACGACGUCUUCCCCUCCCUGUCUCUGACCUCUAAAAGUUGAUGCUGCAACAACGACAAGAACAAACCUUCCUUCAGGUUCCCACACCUCCCCCAAACUGAUUUCAAAAUAAAUCUAUAGCUCAGACUUGGCAAGCUCCCCUCUUGGCCAGGAGCAUUAUUGUGGGGGGAACAGAAUGGCUAUGACGGGAGGGGGGUGAACACAUAUGAACCAGGCAGAGGGCCUUCUCGGUUGUGGCGCCCGCCCUGUGGAACGCCCUCCCAUCAGAUGUCAAGGAGAUAAACAACUAUCUGACUUUUAGAAGAUAUCUUGAAGGCAGCCCUGUUUAGGGAAGUUUUUAAUGACGGAUGUUUUAAUGUAUUUUUAAUAUUUUGUUGGAAGCUGCUCACAUUGGCUGGGGAAACUAAGCCAGAUGGGCGGAGUAUAAUUUAUUUUUAUUUUUAUCAUUAUCUUUAUACAGGGUAAAGGACCCCUGACCGUUAAGUCCAGUCGAGAACGACUCUAGGGUUGCGGUGCUCAUCUCACUUUACUGACCGAGGGAGCCAACGUUUGUCCGCAGACAGUUUUUCCGGGUCAUGUGGCAAGUAUGACUAAGCCGCUUCUGGCGAAACCAGAGCAGCAUAUGGAAAUGCUGUUUACUUUCCCGCCAGAGCGGUACCUAUUUAUCUACUUGCACUUUGACAUGCUUUCGAACUGCUAGGUUGGCAGGAGCAGGGGACCGAGCAACGGGAGCUCACCCCGUUGUGGGGAUUUGAACCGCCGACCUUCUGAUCGGCAAGCCCUAGGCUCUGUGGUUUAACCCACAGCACCACCUGCAUCCCCAAAAUUAUUAUUAUUAUGUAUUUUAAUAUUUUGUUGGAAACCGCACAGAGUGGCUGGGGAAGCCCAGCCAGAUGGGUGGGGUAUAAAUAAUAAACUAUUAUUAUUAUUAUUAUUAUUAUUAUUAUUAUCAAGCUGCCUCGUGGGUGCUCUGCUCCAGAAAAUGCCAGCUUCAACUCCCCUUCCAUGCCCAUAGGCCAGGCUGCCUGGGACUGAUGGAGUCAGUGCCCAACAUCUUUUGACGGGCACCUCUGUGCCCUCCUACAUUCUCCCGAUGAAAAAUAGGGUCGUCCUAUGAGAACAGGCAGGACAGUGCAGGAUCCAAUCAGAAACCGGGACAACUUCUGUAAUUUAUGCCGCCACAGCUGGAGGGAGCGAUGCUUCUGAAUCCCAGUUGCUGGGAACCCCAGGAGGGGGCCGGGCUCCGGUGUUCGAAUCCUGCUUGCUGCUUUCCCCGCAGGCAUCUGGUCGGCCACUGUGGGAACAGGAAGCUGGACUAGAUGGGCCAUUGCCUGGAAAAGGCUGGCCGAGUUCAUAUUUCUUUGUGAUCUUGUGGCUGACAAGCAAAGCUGGAAGCGAGGGCGGGCAAUGGCCUCUUUUUGGGAGGGUAUUUCUACCUGUUGUUUCCCCAAAUAAAGCUCAAUAGGGGGCGCUAUCCUUAAAAACCCUCAACAAAUUUGACGAAUCCGCCAAAGAUGCUCAACAACUUCGGAUGCCCCCAACAUCGACUUUGUCCGACGGGUCCUGGUGAUGUUUAUUUACUGCUUAUUCCUCACUUGCUUGCUCUACCGCGGAGAUCACCGAGCCGUGUGCCUGAGAAGCGAGGAGUUUUCUAAUCUGAUAAAAAGGGAAUAAACACCGCGCGCCUGCGUUACCCCGCUCCCGCCCGCGUUUUCAAGGACCUUCGGCCUGAUCCAGAGGGCGGGGAUCCUUUUAGCUUCUCCAGCCGAGGCGCUCGUCGAGGCCACCGGCAGCCACGCGCCUGAGAGACGCGGGGCCGUCUGCACGCGCUCAGAGGCGCUCUCGUCGGCCGAGGCCGAGAGGGCGGCUCGCUUGGGUUUGGCAGGGGGUGUGUCCCAACAGGAGCGGCGCGCAGGGACCUCCCCGGGCUUAAAAGCACCUCCCUCGGCGCGCCGCGGCGCUGUGCAAUGGAGCUGGACGCGGUGGAUGGGGCGCCCGGGCGGUGCGCUUUUACGCGCGUGGGGACCCCUUGAGAGCGCCCUGCCGACGGAGCCUCCAGCAGCAGGCGGAGGUAAGGAGAUCAGGGCGGCGGGGGGAAAAGACUUUCCACGCGUCCGCAGAGAAGGGCUGGCUGGAUAGCUUUCACGGGAGACGGGGCGGACGGCGAGUCGCCUUUCCCCGGCGAGGAGGACCGAGGACCGUCCGCGCUCUCCGCCAUCUCCGUCCUCUCUCCAAAUCCGGGCGCGGCAGCCCUCGCCAUCCCGGAGUCUCUCUUUGCAGUGCCCGGCUCUGGAAAGCGGGGCUCUCUCUUGGAAACUUGCGGAGGGCGCCGCUCCGAACUUUGGGGGCUAAGAAUGCGGGCGAGAGGGCUCCUGAGCGCGCGCAGAGUGCGCUCAGGGCUGACGACUUCUGGACAGCCUCUUUGCCUGCCCGCCUCUUCUUGCUUCAGAUAGGACUGUAUUCGUCCAGAGCAACCGGGUCCGCUGGAGAAGUUGGAUCUCUCCCUCGGGGCUUGGGGGGGCUACCGCGGAUGCAGCUGUGGCCCCUCGGAGAGAGAGUUUCCGAAUAUCCCCCUCCCCAGCCCUAAUACUCUGAGACGUGCCAAGGCCUGGCGCUGCCUGCUCAGUCCGCUUGCCCUAGCCUGGCGGUGGUGGGGCUCAGAUCAGCAAAAAGGAAAUGUUCUCUGCACAUGCUCUGGAGCACUCUUGCCUUUAUUCUUCUUGUGCCAGGGUCCGGACCCCAGAAGUGAAAACUGGUUGCCAGUUCAUAGGGUCUGUGUAGUGUGUGUAUAUGUGUGUAAUUCGAUGCCACCGCAGCGACGACAAUGGCGUCCUUCAUUGCAAACAACUUUCCUUCUGAAUUUUUAACCAUGUUUUGGAAUCUGGCAAAACCAUGCCAUGGCAUUGGAUUACUGGUACUGCCAUGAAACCAGACCCUGGGUUGGGAAAAAAAGAAAACAACCCCACAGGAUAUGUUGUUGCUUGUGUUACACACACACGCACACACACACACACACACACACUAUUUUUGGAGUGAGAAGGGCUCCAGCUAUUUUGUUUGUCAGCUGCUAAAAAUCCACAACUUCAGCUGUUAAAAAAGGGUCCCCAGCAAAAUAGAAUACAUAGCCCCCUUGGUGGGAUUUAUAUCCUCAAAGUCAGGACAGAGAUAAUGGUUAGAAUGAGGAAAAAAAGGAAGGCAGCAGUUAAUAUUGAUAAAGCUGAUUCAGCAGCAGGCAAAAAUCUGAAAACAGCCAGGCCAUCGGGAGCAAAGCAAAACUGAGAGGCAGGAACAAUUCUUGAAAGCCGCCCUAAACAAGACUGAACUUGCCUCCUCAAUGUGCAAAGUGGGGGUGGGUUAGCAUGGGGGUUGCUGGUUCUCCCCCAGGACCCUGGAGCCCCCACCGUCCAGGCUGGCUCUUCCCAGCAAUUCAGAGAUGUUUUUCAUCUGUUUCCAACGGCUAACUUUCACAUCCUUUGCCCUUUGCUUCCUUUCCAACUUAUAAAUAAAGUCCAGGCCCCCCUCCCUCCUUAAGACAUAGGAACUGGGGAGCAGGGGCUCAGCUGGGAAGUAAGCAAAGCCAUAUUCCUCCCCAGGGCUUUUUUCAGGCAGAACUCACCAUAACUCAGUUCAGGCCCCCUCUCAGGUGGGUGCCAUUACCGUUAUAAGAGAACAAGGGAGGUGUUCGUGAUGAACACCUGGCACCUCUUUUUCUAGAAAAAUAGCACAGUUCCUCCCCCUCCUUUACAAUACGAUAAUCUUUAGUGUCAUUGUCCCGUACAGAACAACGAAAUUGAAAAAACUACAUCAGACAUUCACAAGCCAACAAGCCUGCUAUCCCAGCUAUCCCAGCCUGGUUAGCCCCCUAAAAACUCUGAUACCCCAUAAUUAAAUAUAAUAUACUCCCAUAGAGACUACCUUACACUGCAUUUAAAACCAAAAUCACAUUUGGAUAGAAACUGUUCUAAAGGAAAUGGAGCUACUCUAACGCUCCAUCUCGUCUCCAGCCUUUGUGCGGUGUGUGUGUGUGUGUGUGUGGGAAUCUAGUCUGAUGAGAUUGAAGAGCUGACACUGAAAUUUGGGGAAAUUUGGACAUUUCUCUCCAACCCUGCCAUUUCUGGCACCCAUUUAUGAAGUGUGUCGAGCUAACUUUUCCUCUCUGGUCUGCUGUCCCUAAAGGCCAGGGUGUAGGGUGAAAUCAGGAUCUACUGGCAGAUCUCUGCGUGAUUUGCAGUAGAUCGGGGAUGGUUUCUGAUCCCCUGUUGUUUUAACAAUACCAGCAACAAAACGAUGGCAACUCUCACAUUCCUAAAUUAUACUGAACAGUAACCAGGCUUGGUUUUUCUGUGUGAUCGCUGCUCACUUCGGAUACUCAACAGCAAAUUUGUGGGCUCAGUGUUCUUUAAUUCUGUCUCAGUGUUCUUUAAUUCUGCACCAGGAUUUGGCUGGUGGAGAUUGGGGCUCCAGUGCCCCCACAAAAAAGCCUGCAAUCUGCCCACCUUUUCCCUAAAUUGUUCUGUAGCAUCUGGAUUCUGCACCCAGGAAAACUUGGUGCGUAGUGACUUUUGGUUAGUUUGCUCUUCUGCGAGCCUUGGGAAAUUGCUUUGCAGAGCAUGGAAUUCUCCCUGCAAACCCUGACCGUGGUGAUUUUAUUGUCCCCUAAUAUACAGUAUGUUCCUUAUUUUGCUACACUAUGAGCUGUGCCCUAACAAGUCACCCGCUUUCAAUUUUCCUUUAACCUUCUGAGCAGAACAAGGUUCCCCUUUGGUUCUCUGAUAUUCCACCCAAUUGCAUGGUUUCAAGUUUCCUUGCGUCCACGAGGGCUAGGAACUUGACUUAGAGAAAAGGAGUCUUGCGACAAUUGGGGUGCUUCACUUUGUGCCAGGCAGCAAAACUGCUUGCAGGACCUUGAUCCCAGAUGUGCAGAAUGAACCAGUCAAGCCACUGUAUUUUGGAAAGGGAGAUGCAUUCUGCCAACUAUAAUUUAUGGUAGCCAGUGCUUUGUGACAGUCUUCAAAGGUGCCGCAGCAACCUUGCUAGGCAGAUCUCUGACAUCCUGUAGUUUUACACCCAAAGGGCUGAAGCUGAGAGCCCAGGCACGCUUGACUUUAUUUUUCUUUCUUCUUGGGGUGAAAUGCUUGCCAUUCCACGCUUGACAACUGCUGCUUCAUUCCUGACAUGUCAGCGCAAAAACAAACAAACCCCAAAAUAAAACAGAAACAAACAAGAAACAGUUUGCUAGUCUUCAUUGUAAAACAAAAGUUGAACUUUUGUGCUUUUGAGAAUGCUUGAAGCAUAGCAUCCUUACGGUUACAAUGAGGAAAAUGGAGUUUGCUUCUGCUGCCCUGAUGUGAAACACACCUACUUAGGAAUAAGACCAUUUCGUUGUAGAAAUGGGUAAUAGUGUGGUGUAGUGGUUAGAGCAGUCAUAGGCAAACUCGGCCCUCUGGAUGUUUUGAGACUACAAUUCCCAUCAUCACUGACCACCGCUCCUGUUAGCUAGGGAAGAUGGGAGUUGUAGUCCCAAAACAUCUGGAGGGCCGAGUUUGCCUAUGCCUGGGUUAGAGUGUUGGACUAGGACCUGGGAGGGCAGGACUCCAAUCCACACUUGGCCAUGUAGCUCACUGGGUGACCUUGGGCCAGUCACUGUCCCUCAGCCUACUCUACCUCACAGGGUUGUUGUGGGGGUUAACCGAGAGGGGAGAACCAGGUAUACCAGCUUGAGUUCCUUGGAGAAAAAUGGGAGCUAUAAAUGCAAUAAAAAUGGUGAUGAUGAGGAUCAUCAUCAUCACAAUAACAUAAUUUUUGUCAUACAGUGAGCUUCUGUGACCAUGCACAUUCCUGACCGUUAGUCAUGCUCCCAGAAGCGUCAGCAUCAUAUGGGACUUGCAGCUCAGUUGGUUAGAGCAUGAUGAUGAUGAUAAUAAUAAUAAUAAUAAUUUUUAUUUAUACCCCGCCCUCCCCGGCCAGAGCUAGGCUCAGGGCGGCUAACACCAAUAAAAUCACAGUAAAAACAUAAUAAGGGGAAAAGAAGAAGAAGAAGAAACCAUUUUAAAUACAGGUUAAAAUGCAAUUUAAAAUGCAGCCUCAUUUUAAAAGUAGCCAAUAGAUCAAGACCAUAAGGGGAGGGAAACAUAAGUGUCAGACUGAGUCUGAACCAAAGGCCAGGCAGAACAGCUCUGUCUUGCAGGCCCUGUGGAAAGAUGUCACGUCCCGCAGGGCCCUAAUUUCUUGGGACAGAGCGUUCCACCAAGUCGGGGCCAGUACUGAAAAGGCCCUGGCCCUAGUUGAGACCAAUCUAACCACCUUGCGACCUGGGACCUCCAAAAUGUCAUUUGUGGACCUUAAGGUCCUCCGCGGGGCAUACCAGGAGAGGCGGUCCCGUAGGUACGAGGGUCCUAGGCCGCAUAGGGCUUUAAAGGUCAAAACCAGUACCUUAAACCUGACCCUGUACUCCACCAGGAGCCAGUGCAAUUGGUAAAGCACUGGAUGAAUGUGAUGCUGAUACUGUAAUGCCAAGGUUGCAAGUUCGAUUCCCGUAUGGGACAGCUGCAUCUUCCUGAAGUCUGCAAAAGCUGGUUAGGAUGUUCAUAGCUGGCAUAAGGGGCACCCAGGCAGAGUGGACAUCUUGGUCUAGAUUGCAGGGUAGCCCAGUGAUUGAAAAAUGGCAUGUGCCGUAAUAAUAAAUGAAAAUUCAGAGCCAGUGGCGCUGGGCCUGUGUGCAUUUUGCCAUUGGAACUGCGAAACAUUCCAUAUGCAAGCUUGAAAAAGAAGCACAGUUCCCGAAAUGAGUCUGGAACUGGAACGGGACGUUAAACCCCAUGUUCUUCAGCUGGGUAAGUCAGGAGUGAUUGCGAGGGGUUGUGCCAAAUUGGGUGGCAUAUGAGGAGGUAUCUGGGGAGAUGUGGGUGAGGGGCCUGAGAAGGGCAUAAGUGGCACUUAGCAUAAGGUGGGCAGCCUGGGAGAAAGGCUUGUAGGUUCAGGAGAUCUUUGGACAAUGGAGGGAGGUGGAGCUACAGGAAGGAAGGGCACAGGUUGGGCAUCUGUUGGGGCAUGAAACUGGAGAGGUGGAGGGUGGCAAGAGGCAGGCGAGGAGAGGGCUGCCUCUUGCACCUUUUUGCCAGCUGAAAUGCCAUCUUCAGCUCACCUGUUAAACGGGCAGGAGCCUUGCCCUCUUUUUCAUUGGGGCACCAGGAGCAGCCCCUGGUGUGUAUCACUCUUUGCAACUGCCGCUAGGAAAAUUAGAGCAAAUUAUAUAGCCAAGAUAGCCACCAACUGUAAAGGAGAUGGAUUUAUUUGACCCUAUCUACAUCAAGCUAAAAGGGAUGCGGGUGGCUCUGUGGGUUAAACCACAGAGCCUAGGACCUGCCGAUCAGAAGGUCGGUGGUUCGAAUCCCCACGAAGGGGUGAGCUCCUGUUGCUCGGUCCCUGCUCCUGCCCACCUAGCAGUUCGAAAGCACCUCAAAGUGCAAGUAGAUAAAUAGGUACCGGUCCGGCAGGAAGGUAAACGGCGUUUCCGUGCGCUGCUCUGUUUCGCCAGAAGCGGCUUAGUCAUGCUGGCCACAUGACCCGGAAGCUGUACGCCGGCUCCCUCAGCCAAUAAAGCAAGAUGAGCGCCGCAACCCCAGAGUCGGCCACGACUGGACCUAAUGGUCAGGGGUCCCUUUACCUUUACCUUUACAUCAUAGAAUCAUAGAAUCAUAGAGUUGGAAGAGACCACAAGGGCCAUCGAGUCCAACCCCCUGCCAAGCAGGAAACACCAUCAGAGCACUCCUGACAUAUGGUUGUCAAGCCUCUGCUUAAAGACCUCCAAAGAAGGAGACUCCACCACACUCCUUGGCAGCAAAUUCCACUGUCGAACAGCUCUUACUGUCAGGAAGUUCUUCCUAAUGUUUAGGUGGAAUCUUCUUUCUUGUAGUUUGGAUCCAUUGCUCCGUGUCCGCUUCUCUGGAGCAGCAGAAAACAACCUUUCUCCCUCCUCUAUGUGACAUCCUUUUAUAUAUUUGAACAUGGCUAUCAUAUCACCCCUUAACCUCUUCUUCUCCAGGCUAAACAUGCCCAGCUCUCUUAGCCGUUCCUCAUAAGGCAUCGUUUCCAGGCCUUUCAUCAAGCUAUAGUCUAUCUUUAUCACCAAACUCCAAAUAUAAUUGCACAUUGUAUUAAUUAUUUUUUAAUAUAUUAGUGGCCAUGUGACGAUUUUAGCCUAUAGAUUUUAUUGUUUAAUGUCUUAACCUGUAUAUUAAGGUAAUUUUAUAGCUCUGUUGAGAGUAGGUAAUGUCUUGAUAAUAUAAAUGUUUUAAGUUUUUUGUAUUAAUCCAGCAUAUUUUCUUUUCAUUGUUGAAUGAUUCUGUGUACACUGCGGCAGCCUUUGGCUAUGUGCAAUAAAACUGACUGACCAGGAGCAGCCUUUGCCAACCUGGUGCCCUCCAGAUGUUGUUGGGCUUCCUCAGUGGUGGGAUUACCUGGUGGGGGCACUAAGAGGCUGGGGUGGGGGCUCUGGAGGUGACCCUCAGGCUUUGCAAGGCUGGCGUUGCGGGAUCAUGUUCAUCAGUUUGGUUGGAUUAAUUCAACCAAAGAGUUGGACCGGGAUUUUGAAUGCAAUUAAUUGCUGCUGUUUUGAACCCCACUGUGCUUUUCUCUUCCUUAGUGGGCUGUGCAAACUGUUGCUCUGAGAAAUGCAUUUUAUAGGGUAGGGUGGGGUCUGUUUAUGGAACUAAGGGGGUGGUGCCCCCCCUCCAAAAGUUUGGAAAAAGUUCAUCUUUGGCUAGCUGCUUCUAAUUGGAGCCUCCCUCCUGCUGACUCAUGUUUAUAUAUGAGAUAUAUAUUUAUACCCACACAUACAUAUAUACACGGUCUGUCGUUCUCAAGGCCGUUUUUGGGUGCUGCCGCGGCAUCCCAGAUGGACCACGAGAUGCUUCUUGGGACGCUGCCUGAGAGAGACUCCCUCCUUCCCAAUCCUGCUCCUACCUUGAAGUUCUGCAAGCAGCCCGCCCAUCCGGCUGGCGUCGAAAUCUCCUGCUCCCCGCAGUUUGAAAGUUGUUUGGAUGUAACGCAACGUCUUCCGGGACGGUUUCUCUCCCCCCACCCCCCACCCCAGAUGGGAAUGAUUUAUGCCUGUUUGCCUUGGGCUGGUGUCCAAGGCAGAUAAGCAGAAGCAGGGCUUCUGAGAACGGUUACUUCUCCACCGCAAGUGGACCGGGAACUUUGUGGACCACUCGCUUUGGGAGGAAGCAGCCAUUGGCAAAAAAAAAGAGCUGAUCUCAGAUCGAUUCCCUCUCUCUUUCUCUCCCUGCUGUUGCAGAAGAUGACUCUGAACACCCAGCGAGGAGGCAGCGCCAGCCCUGCCAGAAGGCGUGCCAGCACCCCGCUGCCCAUGCCCUAUGGGUCUCGCCCAGGGAUGCUGAGCGUCCGUCCCAGCCAGGCUGAACCAGGCCACCCGCAGCUGGGGCAGUCAUCCUCCUGUGACCCCAAAGUCCACUUGCCUGAGCCCCGUGGCAGCUGGUCGUCCGAGUCCUCCGACUCUGAGGAGUCCUGGGAAUCCUUGUACCGCGUGGUGCUGUUGGGCGACCCUGGCGUGGGCAAGACCAGCCUGAUGUACCUCUUUGCUGGGGUUCAAGACAAGGAUCUGCCUGAGCAGCAGAGAGGUAGGGCUGUCGUGUGAUUAAUAAUAAUAAUAAUAAUAAUAAUAAUAAAUUUUAUUUAUACCCCGCCCUCCCCAGCCAAGGCCGGGCUCAGAGCAGCUUACAAGCAAUAAUAAAAACAAGAUGAAUGAUUACAACUUAAAAACAAAAAUAAAAUACAACAUUAAAAUAAUGGAACAUUAAAAUAUUAAAAUGUAGCCUCAUCGCAGGAGGAGAAGGAAAAGAAAAAAGAGAGGGAAAGAAGAAAUCAGAUCCUGCAGGGCCCUGGUCUCAUGAGGCAGAGCGUUCCACCAGGCCGGAGCCAUCACUGAAAAGGCCCUGGCUCUGGUUGAAGCCAGUCUAACUUCCUUAGGGCCUGGGACCACUAGGGUGUUGCUAUUUAUGGACCUUGAGGCUCUCCGUGGGGCAUACCAGGAGAGGCGGUCUCGUAGGUACGAGGGUCCCAGGCCGUGAAGGGCUUUAAAGGUCAAAAGCAGCACCUUAAAUCUGACCCUGUACUCCACCGGGAGCCAGUGCAGCUUGAAAAGCACAGGGUGAAUAUGCUCCCAUGGCAGAGACCCCGUGAGGAGCCUCGCUGCAGCAUUCUGCACCCGCUGGAGUUUCUGGGACAGCUUCAAGGGCAGCCCCGCGUAGAGACAAUUACAGUAGUCAAGCCUGGAGAUGACCUUCGCAUGGAUCACUGUGGCCAGGUCGGGGCGGGAAAGGUAAGGGACCAACUGUCCCUUACACCAAUUUGUGGGGGGCUGGGGAGGAAUGAGAGGGGGCUGGGGGGCGGGUUCCAACUGCCUAGAAAAAGCCCUUGUGGAGUAUCAGUGGUGUGAACUAGCAUCACUCAGUUUAUUUCCUUGUUAAUAAUAAUAAUAAUAAUAAUAAUAAUAAUAAUUUUUACCCCGCCCAUCUAGCUGGGUUUCUGCAGCCACUCUGGGUGGCUUCUAACAAAGCUGUGCCAGUCCAGCUCACGGACAAUCUCUGUGGGAGUGAUCCGGCCCCUGGCCGGCAAACCUUGCUGCCCCCUGUGAUAGACGCUCCUCAGCGGCGUAGCGUGGGGGGUGCAGGGGGGGCCGGCCACACCGGGCGCAACAUCUGGGGGUUAGGGUUAGGGGCGCAAAUCCACGGGUUAGGGGGCGCAAAUUACUUGCCUUGCCCCGGGUGCUGACAACCCACGCUACGCCACUGACGCUCCUGGCCACUGAGGUCACCUCUGCUUCUCUUGACAAGGAUCAUUUACACCUCUUGCCCUUAAGGAGAGCCUCCUGGAUCAGGUCCAUGGCCCAUCCAGUCCAGCAUCCUGUUCUCACAAUGGCCAACCAGAUACCCAUUAUGGGAAACUCACAAGUAGUUUCCAGCAGGUGGUCUUUGGUGCCUCCAACUGCUGCCUCCAAUUGUGGAGGGCAAAGCAUAGACCUCCUGGCUAGGAGUCUUCAAUAGCCCUCUCUCAUCCCUGAAUUUGGCCAUCACGGUCUCCUGUGGGAGGGAGUUCCACAGUCUAACGACGCGCUGCAUGAAUAAGGUGUCAUGCGCUGGGCCCAAUGAAGUUUUCUGGGGUAGGUGCAGCUUCUGUUCCUCAUGGUGACCAUUCCCUGCUGAUCCUGACCUUUUCUGCUCUUUUCAGAGGAUACCUACGAGCGCACCUUAUCGGUGGACGGCGAGGAGACAACGUUGAUGGUGAUUGACACCUGGGAAGCUGAGAAGCGGGUAGGCCAAUGGUCUUGAUAGAUCACGACUAGAUUGCACAACUAGCAAGGAGGAUUCAUAGAAUGGGGAAACAGAAGGGGAAAGCUUCAGGGAGAGGAGGAGCUAAAAGUUGCUGCUCUCUUAAACUAAGCUGAUAGAGAAGCGCUUCCCUUUCCUUCCUCUGUUGCAGCCUGAUGGAAUAGCUGAUGCCAGGGGACAUUGCAGGGAGGAGCCUGAUGGAAGUAUGAUCCAGGGAACCAGGCAGAGGGCCUUCUCGGUAGUGGCCCCCGCCCUGUGGAAUGCCCUCCCAGCAGAUGUCAAAGAGAAAAACAACUACCAGACUUUUAGAAGACAUCUGAAGGCAGCCCUGUUCAGGGAAGCUUUUAGUGUUUAAUAGGUUAUUGUAUUUUAGUGUUCUGUUGGAAGCCACCCAGAGUGGCUGGGGAAACCCAGCCAGAUGGGUGGGGUAUAAAUAAUUUCUUCUUCUUCUUCUUCUUCUUCUUCUUCUUCUUCUUCUUCUUCUUCUUCUUCUUCUUCUUCUUCUUCUUCUUCUUCUUCUCUGACUGUUUGACUCGGAAAGUGAUUAUUUUGCAUAGGAACAUGGGAAGCUUACUAAAAGUGCUGAACAAAUGACCUAAAUUGAGGAGAGAUCUGCUAGGACAUGGGUAGGCAAACUAAGACCCGGGGGCCGGAUCUGGCCCAAUCGCCUUCUAAAUCCGGCCCGCGGAUGGUCCGGGAAUCAGCGUGUUUUUAUAUGAGUAGAAUGUGUCCUUUUAUUUAAAAUGCAUCUCUGGGUUAUUUGUGGGGCAUAGGAAUGUGUUCAUAUAUUUUUUCCAAACUAUAGUCCAGCCCCCCCACAAGGUCUGAGGGACAGUGGACCGGCCCCCUGCUGAAAAAGUUUGCUGACCCCUGGUUUAGACCACAGGACCAGGCUAGGAUCAUGGCGGUCCGAGGCAAGAGAACACACAUCUCUGGCUUCUGGGCGACUGAAUUGUCUGCUCUGCUUCAUCCAGCCAGCUCUUGCUGGAAGUGCCAUUGUCCUUUUACACACACACACACACACACAGAGAGAGAGAGAGAGAGAGAGAGAGAGCUGCCCUGUCUGUCUGCAGAUUAAAAGCUUCUGCCUCUGGGCCCCGUUUGACACAGCCUCCUUGUCGAUCCGUCAGUGGCCUCUUCCUGCCCGGGGAGCUUCUCUUCCAAGCCAUCCCAGGCUGCCUGCUCAGCGCAGCGGAAGCAACACAGAACCAACCCAAACAAGAUGCCGCCCCGUAGGAACAGGAAAGGCAACAGCAAGGUACCAGCCUGAUCCUGCAGGUGUGCAGGAUCUGGACGAGGAAUGGAAGCAGCCUGGCUUUGUCUCUGCAGCUGGGCGCGGGGACAGCAAAAACACUUUUCUGUUUGGAAAUGGUUAGGCAUCCCUGCAAAGCUGCAAAAUGGAACUCGCUCAGGGAUGUAGGGAAGGAAGAAAGUUGCAGCUCAUUUAUGCUGGCUAAGAUAAUAAUACAGUGGUACCUCAGGUUAAGUACUUAAUUCGUUCUGGAGGUCCGUUCUUAACCUGAAACUGUUCUUAACCUGAAGCACCACUUUAGCUAAUGGGGCCUCCUGCUGCUGCCGCGCCGCCAGAGCACGGUUUCUGUUUCUCAUCCUGAAGCAAAGUUCUUAACCCAAGGUAAUAUUUCUGUGUUAGUGGAGUCUGUAACCUGAAGCGUAUGUAACCUGAAGUGUAUGUAACCCGAGGUACCACUGUAAUAAUAAUAAUAAUAAUAAUAAUAAUAAUAAUAAUAAUAAUUUCUUUUUUGUACCCUGCACAUCUGGCUGGGUUUCCCCAGCCACUCUGGGUGGCUUCCAACAAAGAUUAAAAAUACAUCAAAAUGUCACACAUUAAAAACGUCCCUGAACAGGGCUGCCUUCAGAUGUCUUCUAAAUGUCAGGUAGUUAUUUAUCUCUGACAUCUGAUGGGAGGGCGUGCCACAGGGUGGGUGCCACCACCGAGAAGGCCCUCUGCCUGGUUCCCUGUAGCUUUGCUUCUCGCAGUGAGGGAACCGUCAGAAGGCCCUCGGAGCUGGACCUCAGUGUCUGAGGUGAACGAUGGGGGUGGAGAUGCUCCUUCAGGUAUACUGGACCAAGGCCAUUUAGGGCUUUCAAGGUCAGCACCAACACUUUGAAUUGUGCUCGGAAACGUACUGGGAGCCAGUGUAGGUCUGUCAGGACCAGUGUUAUGUGGUCUCGGCAGCCGCUCCCAGUCACCAGUCUAGCUGCCGCAUUCUGGAUUUGUUGCGGUUUCCAGGACACUAGACCUCUCACUCUGGCCCUUGAGACGCUGCCAGCCACUUCCACUCUCCCAGCCUUACAACAACCCUGUAGGGUAGGCCACUCUUAUCUCCAUGCAACAGAAGCCUGACUAGGGCAACCUCAUGAUUCGAGGGAACUGAAUCGGGAACAUUGCAGCUUUUUCCCCAGCUGUGUGCCUCUCCACCCGGCCGGCUCUCAAUCUAAUGGAAUGUUUUGCACUUAUUUUUAAUUGAUUGCUUCCCAUCGAAAGCUUUUGGAGAUGAAGCAGCCGUGACAAAUGUAAAGUGAUCAAUGGAUGCUCCCACAUGCAACGCUGGCAGAAACUCACAGCCGGGACUCCAGCCCGGGAAAAAACCACAGACAACGUGCCCUACGCUGGAUCAUCUGGCCCAUGUUUCACCAGUCUGGGGUCCUUCCAGUUGUUUUGGACUGGGGAUGAUGGGAAUGGUAGUCCAAAAAGUUCUGGAGGGCACCAGGUUGGCGAAGGCUGAGAAUUCAGAAGCAUCCAUUCUUCGGUGAUCAGCCUUCUUUAUGAUCCAGCUCUCACUUCCAUACAUCAAUACUGGGAAAACGAUAGCUUUAACUAGACGGACCUUUGUUGGCAAGAUCUAUCUAAAGAUUAACAAACUACAUCAAAGCUACCUCCUAUCUUUAUGACCCAGGAUGCCCGAUGAAGCAACUGGCCUGUGUAUUUAGAAUGCUGAUACGUGCCUGUAAGGUGUAGAGAAAGCAAAUGGCAGAGGUGCAGAGGCUUGUGGGAUUUGAUCAGAAAUUAUUGUCAAUGAAUCAAACCCAGUCAACGCAGUGCUUUCAUCACGGACACAAUGGCUUGAUGCAUAUUUUAUAAUUUCUCAUAGUAAUCCCACCCGAUUCCACACACUUUGGAUAUUUGCACCCCUACAGAACCCUCCUCCUGCCGCUUCCAGAGCCACCGCUGCUGCCCUGGGGAGCCGUGCUAAGUUGCCCUUUUGCCUUUCCCACAGGCCCCGGAGGAAGACAACUGGUUCCACAACUACUGCAUGCAGGUGGGCAACGCCUACGUCAUCGUCUACUCCAUCACCGACCGGGGGAGCUUCGAAAGCGCCUCCGAGCUCCGGAUCCAGCUGCGCAGGACCCGUCAGGCAGAGAACAUCCCCAUCAUCCUGGUGGGGAACAAGACAGACCUGGUGCGCUCCCGAGAGGUGUCUGUGGAAGGUGGGUGGAAAAGGGCUUGGGCUGGACCCUCGUGGGGCCUCGGGAGGAAUCCUGCUUUAUUUUGGGGGCGGCGGGAGGGAGAAAGAGAAAAGCAAGGAGAAAGGCAAUUUGGCGGUAUGCUGUUUUGUUUCUGAAUUUAUCCUACGCUGCCUUGUGACGGCAAUGUGCCCCGAAAGGUUGUUUUCAAACUGUGGAAUUUCACUCCAUAAGACGCACCUGACCAUAAGACACACCUAAUUUUUAGAGGAGGAAAGGGGGGAAAGUCCCGUUUUUGCAGGGAUCAGCUCACAGUUGUGCAGCUUCUUUUACAAAGGGGAAAAGCUCCUUUUUUGAGGAUCAGCUCAAAGUUGUUGAGCAUACUUUGCAAAGGUAAAAAAUCCUGUUUUUAUGCGGUUCAACUCACAGUUCUGCAGCUUCUUUAGGAAAGCGAGCCAUUUCUACAGUUUCCAGACAAUCUAAUCAGCCAGUCACAUGUUGCUGGGGAAACAAACAGCCUCUGUCUGCAGAACAUUCAACAAUGGAGACCUAGGCAAGGGGGCUGGGUCGGAAAGGGAGCCAGCGAUCAGCCACACAUUCGCUCAAUAAGACGCACAGAGAUUUCUCCUUACUUUUUAGGAGAAAAAAGUGUAUCUUAUGGAGCAAAAUAUACAGUACAUACAGUGGGUGCGCGGAUUGCAAUUUGGCACUUCUGCGCAUGCGCAAAGCGCGAUUUAGCGCUUCUGCACAUGCUCGACCGCCGAAACCCGGAAGCCACCUGUUCCGGUACUUCUGUAUUUCGGCGGCCCGCAACCCAAUAAAACACAACCUAAAGCAUCUGUAACCCAAGGUAUGACUGUACCGUACUUUUCCGUGUACAGUCAUCCCUCGGGUUACAGAUGAUUCGGGUUGUGUGAUUUCGGGUUGCACACCGUGCUGAACCCGGAAGUACCGCAACGGGUUACUUCCGGGUUUCGGUGCUUGUGCAUGAGCAGAAGUGCUAAAUCGUGCUUUGCACAGAAGUGCCAAAUUGCAACCCACACGUGCGCAGAUGCGCGGGUCACGGGUUGCGAACGCUGCAGGUUGCGAACAUGCCUCCUGCAUGGAUCACGUUCGCAACCCGACUGUCCACUGUAUAAGACUAGGUUUAUUUCCUUAAAUAUCAUGCUAAAAAGUGGGGGUCGUCUUAGACAUGGGUAGGUCGUGCAUAGGGUGCGUCAUUUUGGCGGGCGAUUGGCAGCUUCUGCCAGUGAGGGGACAGACGUGAUGCAGAUUUUGUGAUGCGUGUGGCUGAGCGAUUUUCGGCAUUCCCACCUAAAAGAAGCUCAACAACUUUGUGCCAUCUCCCCACCCCCCACUAUCUUAAAUUUGAGUCCCCCAAAAUAGGGGGCAUCUUAUACACGGAAAAAUAUGGUACAUAAUUUUAAAAGAAAUACAGUAUCCAUAAAUGAAAGCUACUUGAUAGCACAGUCUCCCCCGAGAUGUCUUGGAAUGUCUGGAAACAAACGAAAGUGUGAAUCCCCACAGCCCCCGGAGGUCUCCUGGCCAAAAGCAAAUAUUUGCACACAGACUUGAUAAAAGCACAUUUGAUUAAUUGACUUUAGAUUUCUUUAAUCCCUAGAAAUAACCUCAGUGCCUCCAGACUGACAGUAUUUUGUGGGAAGGAAGGCACAUGUACCAGAACUUAAUGCUUUGCAUAUUUAAAGUGGAUUAAAGCCUUCAGUUGCCCAAGUGCAACAAAUCAAUUUUUUUUUAAAAAAACAUUUUGCCCUUUGCCAUUUGGAAAGCGACAGUGAGAUGCACGGAGAAGUUUGGGAUGAAUGAAUUAUUUGCGGGAAGAUGUGCAAACAGCCCACGACAAUACAGUGGUACCUCGGGUUACAUACGCUUCAGGUUACAUACACUUCAGGUUACAGACUCCACUAACCCAGAAAUAGUGCUUCAGGUUAAGAACUUUGCUUCAGGAUAAGAACAGAAAUCGUGCUCCAGUGGCGCGGAAGCAGCUGGAGGCCCUUUUAGCUAAAGUGGUACGUCAGGUUAAGAACAGUUUCAGGUUAAGUACGGACCUCCGGAACGAAUUAAGUUCUUAACCCGAGGUACCACUGUAUUAGGAUGGACACAGGGUUUCCACCCUAUAAAGACCGGAUAUAAUCUAACCCCUUCAUAAACUUUGUGCAAGCAGAUUCGGAUGAAACCUGAAUGAAAUAUACUCAGAGUCAAGAGUGGAUUUCAUGCUCUUUAUUCAGCUCAUAGUGGCGAGGAGGAAUGGAAGUUCCCCCAGAAUAUCUGCUUUAUAUACAUUAUUUACAAAAGGGGCCCCACAUGACUGGCUAAUUCCGGGAUUCUCCUGUAGGCCAAUCAGGUUGCGGAUUCACUUCCACCUGGAGCAUGAUUGGGUGGCUCCUGUGGACAAAUCAGACUGCUGCAUUCUGGAUUCUAUUGUUCUAGGACCAAUCAGACUGCUGCAUUUUGGAUCCUAUUCAACUUAGUACAUAACACUGAAUAAACGGGUUGCAUGGAGACAUGGGUGUAGCCAGGGGGCAGGGAGGGGCAGCUAGCCCCCACCAAUCAAUAAAAAAAUCAAUAAAAAUACAUAGCUAACUGAGAUUCUCCCCCCACCCACAAAGGCCUGCCCCGCCCAACAAAAAUCCUGGCUACGCCCAUGCAUGGAGGGAUCCGAUUUAGGUCUUGUUUUGUUUUUGUUUUUUUAAUAAUUUUUAUUAAUUUCCCAUUUAAACAUAUAUAAUCACACUAUUAUUAUCCACUUUACUCCUUUGGCUCUUUAGAGCCUGUCAACUUCCUUCGCUCCCACCACUUGGCUUUCAAAACUAACCUUGAUAUCACAGCAUUUUAUAUAUUUUCCAGUUCUAAUAUAACUCAUUACAAAAUACCUCACAAUUUAAAUAUAGAAAGGUAAGAAACUUCUCAUGACACGUCUUCAGAUAACCCUACUAGGGUUGUUAAAUGUACUCCAGUCAUUUUGGAAUACUUGAUCAUGCUGGUUUCGGAUUUUUCACGUCAGCUUUGCCAGUUCCACAAAGUCCCAUCGUUUUCAUCUGCCCCUCUUCUUUCGUUGGUACUUCUUGUGGUUUCCAUUUUUGGGCUAAAAGAGUUCUUGCAGCAGUUGUUGCAUACAUAAACAGUCUUUUAUCUCUCUUUUUGUGGUAUCUCUUCACCUACUAUACUCAGUGAAAAGGCUUCUGGUUUUUUUAACAAAAGUGUUUUUAAACAUUUUCUUUAACUCAUUAUAUAUCAUUUCCCAGAAAGCCUUUACAGCUUUACAAGUAAUAAUAAUAAUAUUAAUAAUAAUUGAUUAUUUAUACCCCGCCCAUCUGGCUGGGCUUCCCCAGCCACUCUGGGCGGCUUCCAAAAAAAUAUUAAAAUACAGUAAUGCAUCAAACAUUAAAAGCUUCCUUAAACAGGGCUGCCUUCAGGUGUCUUCUAAAAGUCUGGUAGUUGUUUUUCUCUUUGACAUCUGGUGGGAGGACAUUCCACAGGGCGGGCGCCACCACCGAGAAGGCCCUCUGCCUGGUUCCCUGUAACUUGGCUUCUCGCAGGGAGGGAACCGCCAGAAGGCCCUCGGCGCUGGACCUCAGUGUCCGGGCAGAACAUUGGGGGUGGAGGUGCUCCUUCAGGUGUACUGGACCGAGGCCGUUUAGGGCUUUAAAGGUCAGCACCAACACUUUGAAUUGUGUUGGGAAACGUAAUGGGAAGCAAUGCAGAUCUCUCAGGACCGGUGUUAUGUGGUCCUGGCGGCCGCUCCCGGUCACCAGUCUAGCUGCUGCAUUCUGGAUUAGUUGCAGUUUCUGGGUCACCUUCAAAGGUAGCCCCACAUAGAGCGCAUUGCAGUUGUGCAAGCGGGAGAUAACAAGAGCAUGCACCACAUAUGGUAGAAGAUACCACGAUUUAGGUUCCGUAGCUGGGUUUUCCUGGUGUUGGGUUUGGUCCGGAGAUGGGAAGGCCUACCCUUAAAUGUUGAAAGAUUCAGUACAGAUAAAAGGACGUCCUUCUACAUGCAGCGCAUAGUUAAACUACGGAACUCCCUUCUGCAGGAGGGAAUGAUGGCCACCAACUUUGGCUUUGAAAGAGGAUUAAGCAGGAGCAGAGGACUAGUGAUAGCUAGUAGCGGCUGCAAUGCUUUUGAAUACCAGCUGCUGGAAACGACUGGAGGGGAGAGGGCUCUUGCGUUCGAAUCCUGCUUGCUGCUUUCCUUCCAGGGCAUCUGGUUGGCCACUGUGGGCUCAAGGGGCCUGAUCCUGAUCCGGCAGGCUCUUUUGACGCCCUCACGUUCUCUGGGUCUCUCCCUGCCGCUCGCCUGGAGCAUCUCCUAACCAGCUGCCAGUGUGGUGUGGUGGUUAAGAGCAGUAGACUCGUAAUCUGGGGAACCGGGUUCGUGUCUCUGCUCCUCCACAUGCAGCUGCUGGGUGACCUUGGGCCAGUCACACUUCUCUGAAGUCUCUCAGCCCCACUCACCUCACAGAGUGUUUGUUGUGGGGGAGGAAGGGAAAGGAGAAUGUUAGCGGCUUUGAGACUCCUUCGGGUAGUGAUAAAGCGGGAUAUCAAAUCCAAACUCUUCUUCUUCUUCUUCUUUUCUCUCGGCAGAGGGCCGCGCCUGCGCCGUGGUCUUCGACUGCAAGUUCAUCGAGACGUCCGCCGCCCUGCAGCACAACGUGUCUGAGCUCUUUGAGGGGGUGGUGCGGCAGAUCCGCCUGCGCCGCGACAGCAAGGAGGCCAACGAGAGGCGCAUGUCUCUCUACAAGCGCAAGGAGAGCCUCACCAAGAAGGUGCGCCGCUUCCUCGACCGGCUGGUGGCGCGCAACAACAAGAAGGUGGCGCUGAAAGUCCGCUCCAAGUCCUGCCAUGACCUCUCCGUGCUCUGA